AUGAAGUUCUGGACUUCGCUCUUUCUGUGUUUCUCGCUUCUCUCCGGCGCCUUUGCCGCGCAAUCUUCUCCGGAAAGAUUUGAGAAGUAUCAAGCUCUCUCUCGCUCCGGCCCCGUUGAUUUGGAGAGUUCCUCAUUUGCGGAACUGACAACUGCUCCUCGGGAUUAUUAUGCUGCUGUUCUCCUUACGGCACUAGAUGCCCGUUAUGGGUGUGCUAUGUGCCGGGAGUUCGAUCCCGAAUGGUCCCUUAUGGCUCGAAGCUGGAACAAAGGCUCCAAGCCGGAUGACUUGAAGGUCGUCUUUGGAACUUUGGACUUCGACAAGGGCAAAGCUGUCUUCCAAAAGCUCAUGCUUCAAACCGCGCCCGUACUUCUCCUGUUUCCUCCCACUAUUGGACCGUUCGCCAAGUUGGACGCCGAGCCGUUGAGAUACGACUUCACCAGUCCAAUUGGCGCAGAGGCACUAUAUGCUUGGAUCGGUCGUCACCUGCCUGAGGGCCCCAAGCCCGCUCUGGUCCGACCCUUCAAUUAUAUGCGCCUCGUCUCUGCAGUCACAAUCGUGAUGGGUGCCAUCACCUUGGUCACUGUUCUGUCUCCCUAUCUUCUGCCCAUCAUCCAGAACCGAAACCUCUGGGCUGCCGUCAGCCUGAUUGCCAUCCUCCUGUUCACCAGUGGACAGAUGUUCAAUCACAUCCGGAAGGUUCCUUAUGUCGCAGGCGAUGGUCAAGGCGGUAUCAGCUACUUUGCUGGUGGAUUCCAGAAUCAAUUUGGCAUGGAAACCCAGAUUAUUGCAGCCAUCUAUGCCGUUCUCUCCUUCGCAACCAUCGCACUUGCAUUGAAGGUUCCACGCAUGGAGGAUAUCAAGGGACAGCAAUUGGCCGUGCUUAUUUGGGGUGCUGUUCUGUUCCUUACGUACAGUUUCCUCCUGAGCGUUUUCAAGGUCAAGAACGGUGGUUAUCCAUUCUACCUUCCCCCAUUCUAG